AAAUUAAUAAUCUAUGAGAAAAAAAAGAAAUUAAUGAUUUUACAAAUACAUUUAUUCCAUAUCUCACCAUUUACAUAUUCAAUCCCAAACACGAGUGAUAAGCAGAAAAAAACCGUAGUCGUUUAUUGGUGGAGAAAUGAAGAAGAACAGCCUUAUUAGGUUCAUUGCUAGAAGAGUUUCAACAGCAGUUGAUAACCCAGUUUCAACUUCAACCUGGCGAUUCUAUUGCUCGCACUCACCUCCUUCAUCUUCCUCUCCUCCUCCCAACAGCAAGCUCUUUGUUGCAGGAUUGUCAUGGUCAGUUGAUGAGAAAUCCUUGAAAGAUGCCUUCUCAUCUUUUGGCAACGUCUCUGAAGUGAGGAUAAUGUAUGAUAAAGACACCGGUAGGUCAAGAGGCUUUGGGUUUGUUCAUUUUUCUAAAGAAGAUGAAGCCAGAUGUGCAAAAGAUGCAAUGGAUGGAAAGGCAUUGUUAGGUCGACCAUUACGGAUAAGCUUUGCUCUUGAAAAGGUUCGUGGUGCUCCUGUUGUAGUCCCUCGUCUGCCGAGCACUUGAAUUUUCUCCAACAGCCGAGCUUGAACUCCUCAAGGACUUUCAACCUUCUUAUCUUUAAGAGGGGUUAGGGCAGUGAUGAUGAAGUGGAGGGUGAUGAACCAUACCGGGAUACCAACAUAUGGUAGUAUUGGUGAAGAUUACUGCUUCAGGGAAUCAAAGUGAAAUUUCUAAAUCAAGCAAGUACUAGUUAUUGACACAGACAAUUGUCAAUUGUUUUAGUGCCUUCCAAUGAUAAAAUGGCAUAUAAAUAACCAAUAUGAAUUGAAAGACAUGAGGAAAAAUAUUCAUUGCCAACUGCAAUGCAUUUCCUUCGAAUAUUUAUAUGAAAUGAAAAAAAAAAGAAAGUAAAAGCUGCUGCUUUUUGAUACAUUUAUUCAAUAAAUGCUGACAUAGUACUGAAUGUAUGUAUAUCUUUGUGCUUGAGUGUCAGUUCAAGGCUUGAUGAAACAGUUUGUUGUAAUUGGACAUUAAAUUUGAAGGCAUAUUUAUCUU